AUUACUGAGGUGUUUGAGGGCAUAUGUACAUCUACUGAAACAGUGCACGAACAAAUCAGUAGCCUCCAAGAAGGAAAAAGACAUAAACUGAAAAGUGGCAGAUUGUCCAUGCUCAGACGUGUGAACCAAGUCCAGAAAUAAGAAACAAAAGGAUUAUCAAAUGAACUCUGCAAACAAAAUCAGGAAUUAAGCAUGUACAAUAUGAUGAGAAAAGACUGAAAAAAGAAAACCUCAGCUGCAGAAAUCUACUAGAAGAAUAUGAAUAUGUUUACUCUGGAGCCAUGUUUUAAAUAAGUCAAAUCUGGAUCACCUUCAUAAAUGCAUGUGCAUACCGCAGCAGAGAUGCAUAAAAAUGGAACUUUUAGUUUUUCACAAAAACUUAAUGAGAGAAUCAUUCAAGGACUACUGCACCUGUUCUGCAUCACAUUUUGUAGGCAACAGUAGACUUGCUUAUUAAUCUGAAUCUCAGUUCACCAAUAACAAGUUAGUCCUUAAAGUGAAUAAAAAGGGAGCCUUUGUGGAUACUUGUAUUGAACAUGACUCAUGGAGAAGAGCUUGUCUCUGAGAUGCACCAGGAUUCCGUUGUUCUAACUUACCUAGAGGGAUUACUAAUGCAUCAAGCAGCAGGAGGUUCGGGUUCUGCGGUUGACAAAAAGCCUGUUGGGCCUGGUGCAGAAGAUCAGAACUUCAGGGUUUCUGGAAAUACAUCUCCCAGCUGUCAGAGAGAUGGUUCAGUUGCUAACACUCAUACAUAUCAAGGUUCUGGCAUGCUGCAUCACAAAAAGGCAAGGCUAUUGCAGUCUUCUGAAGACUGGAAUGCAGCAAAGAGAAGACGCUUGUCUGAUUCUAUUGUGGAUUUAAAUGGGAAAAAAGAAGCUUUGUUAGCUGGCAUGGUUGAAAAUGUGCCUAAAGGCAAACAGGAUAGCACAUUACUGGCCUCUUUGCUUCAGUCAUUCAGCUCUAGGCUGCAGAGCGUUGCUUUGUCACAACAGAUUAGGCAGAGCCUCAAGGAGCAAGGGUAUUCCCUCAGCCAUGAUUCUCUGCAAGUUGAGAAAGACUUAAGGUGCUAUGGUGUUGCAUCCAGUCACUUGAAGACUCUCCUGAAGAAGAGCAAAGCAAAAGAUGAAAAGCUGGAGACUGGUCUGCCUGAGCUAACAGCUAACCUGGUUAAAGAUCGGUUUAUAGAAUCUUCGCAUACAGGACAAAGUGGUUCCAAGGUGAUGAGUGAGUCGCUGUCUUGUGCUGCAAGAUUACAAGCUGUUGCAAGCAUGGUGGAAAAAAGGUCUAGUCCUGCUACGUCUCCUAAACCCAGUGUGGCUUGUAGUCAGCUAGCCUUGCUUCUUUCAAGUGAAGCGCACUUGCAGCAGUACUCCAGAGAACAUGCUCUAAAAGCACAAAAUGCAAGUCAAAUUGCAAGUGAGAGACUUGCUGCAAUGGCAAGAUUAAAAGAAAGUGUUCCGAAAGAUGCUGGCCAUUUCAAACUGUCAAAAGGAAUUGAAAGCCAUCCUAAUGGCCAGGUAAGAUCUUCAACCAAAUCAAUACCCAACAAAAGCAAUAUGACACAUUUUCAGAGUCCUAUGGGGGUAAUUCAUUCAUCUCCUAAAAGCAUAGGCUACAAAACAACAAUGGAAAAAAAUCAUUUGAAGCCACCUACCAACAGUAGUUUACUUUUACAUCUCCUUAAAAAUCACAGUGCUACUAAGCAGACUAAAGGAUAUGAACAGAAUGAAAGGUCCAGUAUUUUUGAGGAGAGUAGUACACCAACUACGGUUGAUGAGUAUUCUGACAACAAUCCAAGUUUUACAGAAGAUGACAGCAGUGAUGAUGAAAGUUCUCAUUCUAAUUGUCUUCCUAUAGACUUAUCUUUAAAACAGAAAACAAAUAAACCAGAUUCUGUGCAGCCACCUUCUCUAGACAAAUUAACCCAAUCCAUACUUCACAACUGGGAUUCAAAAGUUCCUUGUCUAGAAAAUGUAGAAGAGAAAAGUCCCUCUAAAAAUGCAAAACUCAAUCCACACCAGAAAGUAACUUUGCUUCAGUUAUUACUUGGCCAUAAAAAUGAAGACAAUGUUGAGAAAAUCUCAGAAACUGAGAGUGCAUUAGUUUCAGCUGAUGUGACAAAAUUUAAUUUAGCAAUGGGUAACAGAACUCCUAUGACAGAUUGCUCUAGUACAAAUCAAAUUACUCCAAUAAACACUCCUCCUCUGCUAAAUUCUACACAAGCGGAUUCCCCCAUCAACCUUUCACACCAUUCUCCUUUAUUGGUCAAACAUAAUUCACCACCAUACACUUGCAUCAUACAGCCUGAAAGACUAAUUAAUCCAGCUUCUAAACACUUGAUAGAUCUUACAGUACACAAAGAAAUUCAAGGAACUAAACAGAGCCGAAAUGAAACUGUACAAACAAAUCCAUCUUUUAGUGCAAGUAAACUACUGCAAAACUUAGCUCAAUGUGGGAUGCAGUCUUCCAUGUCAAUAGAUGAGCAAAGGCAGACAGGCAAACAAAUGAUGACUCUAAACCCAGAGAAACCAGUUGGAUUGAUAGAUGGAUUAAAUAGCUCCCUGAUUACUAAUGCAUCAGGUGCACUUGAAGAAAACAAAAUUGUCAGUAGUCAGCCUCUACCAGCUGAACAAAGAUUUCCCAGUUCAGAAAUCCAGAAUCUACUUGAAAGACGCACUGUCCUCCAACUGCUUCUGGGAACCUCCAACAAAGGUAUGACUGAAACAAAGGAUAGGAUGCAUUCAAAAGAAGAGAGUUUACAAGACCCGACAGAAAAGGCUUUGAAUGAACAAAUAUUGACUGUAAAAAUAAAAGCUGAACCUUCUGAGGAAUCAAAUGCCCUUCAGAAUCCAAAUGCACAGCAAGUAAGGGAAAGUGUUAGCAAGAAAUAUCAUGGAAUAGCGCAUUCAUUAGAGAGACAUUCAGCUACUUCUCCAGCAUCAGAGGAAUUUAAACCCAACCCUCUCUCACCUCAAGGCUUUUCUUUUUCAAAGAAUGGCCUACUAAGUCGAUUGCUGAGGCAGAGUCAAGAUAGCUAUUCUGCAGAUGAACUGGACAGGAGCCACAGAAAUGCUGAACAGACUUUUGUGGAAUCAAAAAGCCCCAGCACAGUCCCAAAGAAGAGGAAGCUGCAUCCUGAACCUUCAGAAGGUCAUUUGAAAUUGCUAAAAGGUAACAAAGGUAACAUAUCUGAUGCUGCAAACAAUCAUAAGUCUUCUGCAGAUGCCUUGUAUGGUCCUGGGCUCAACCAGAAAGAAUUGAAAUUUAGCAGAACUGAUGUUGAAUUAAAAUACCCUUCAGGUCACGGUUCAAAUAAUGAAAGUGAAAAUAGGAGUUGGUCUAGAGAAAGCAAAGGAUUUAAUGUGUUGAAACAACUGCUGCUGUCAGAAAAUUGUGAAAAAGACGUGCCUCAGCAUAGGAAUAAUUCAGCAGUAACUGAUGGCAAAAAGAAAGGAACAAAAAAUAACCUCACAAAUAACAGCAAAACUGAAUUCAGUGUCCCUUCAGUACAUACGCUAAUGGGGAGUCCUGGACAGCAAACCAAUUGUUUGGAUCACCGAACAUUUCAGUAUUCAGUUGCAAUGAGGAGUCCUGCCAGUUCUCCCUUCACUGAACAUUUGGGAGGCACAGUUUCAUCAAAACCUGAAUGUGACCAGUUUGGUGUUUGCCAUGUACCCAGAGAAAGGGGGCCUAUAAAAUGGGUCAUCACAGAUACGGACAAAAAUGAACAUGAGCGAGAUUCCCCAAGACUGACCAAAACCAAUCCUAUAUUAUAUUACAUGUUACAGAAAGGGGGGAAUUCCAUUAAUAUUCAGGAAGCACAUGGCAAAGAUGUUUGGAGUGAUACGUCAUUUACAGAACAUUCAUCUGUUGUCACAUUUAAGAAAGAGUUAUCACCUGUUGCAGAAUGUAAAAUGCCAUUUCAUAAUGUAAGAAAUACUUACAGUAGUCAUUCAAGUAAUAAAGUGUCCCUUCAACACAAUGUGAAUGGAAAUGUAUAUGGACUCUUAGACAAAGUAUUAACAAUUAAAAAAGAACCCGAGUAAAUUAUAAUCGUAUAGAAGUGUUUACAGUCAGGUAUAAAUCUUUGCUUCUUCUUUUUUUAAAAAAGUGUUGUAUAAAUCUAGCAUGAUUUGAGAAAAGCAUGGUAUAACUGAAACAUGGUUUUGUUUGAUGAACUUUUCUGCUGAUACUUAAAAUACAUGUAGCAAUUUUUUAUUUUUAUUUUUGCUUUACAGGAAAUUUGUCACCAGGCACCUAUCAUCACAAGUUGUUAGGUUUCAUCAAAAUUCAUAGGAAAACCGACUGCUGG